AUGGAUACAGAACCGUCCUUGGGGCACAGAGCUAGUUGCCGGCAACAAGAGAAGAUUGCUAUCGUUGGCAUUGGAUGUCGGUUUCCAGGCAAGGCAUCGAGCCCUUCUGCUCUCUGGGACUUGCUCAGCAAUCCGGUCGAUCUCUCUACACCCAUUCCUCCAUGGAGGUUUAACAAGGGCGGCUUCUACCAUAGGGACGCCUCGCACCAUGGAACAACGAACAGUAUGGGCUCCUACCUCCUUGAGGAUGACGACGUCAAAAUGUUCGAUGCCCAGUUCUUCAACAUCGCCCCGCAAGAGGCCGAAUCCAUGGAUCCUCAGCAUCGCUUGCUGUUGGAAGUGGUUUACGAGGGUCUGGAGGACGCGGGGAUUUCUCUUGAAACGACGUCUGGCACCAACACCUCGGCCUACGUUGGGCUAAUGUCAGCAGAUUGGCAAGAUCUGCAGCUACGAGACGUUGAUGACGCCCCAAGGUACCUCGUAACGGGAGGUGCGCGUAGCAUCGCAAGCAACCGGCUGUCGUACUUCUUCAACUGGCACGGACCGAGCGAGACCAUUGAUACGGCCUGUUCUUCCUCACUUGUGGCUAUUCACCAUGCCGUACAGUCACUGAGAACUGGCGAGGCUAGCAUGGCUGUGGCAGCUGGAAGCAAUCUCUUGCUAGCACCGGACAUGUAUGUCAUGACAAGCAAUCUAAAUAUGCUGUCAUCCAGUGGAAGAUGUCACAUGUGGUCAUCUGACGCAGAUGGCUACGCUCGUGGAGAAGGCGUCGCUUGCGUCAUUCUCAAGACAUUGUCGAGCGCCCUUGCCGCUGGUGAUCACAUCUAUGCUCUCAUUCGUGAGACUGGGGUCAAUCAGGACGGCCGGACAUCGGGUAUCACGAUGCCUAGCUCUGCAGCCCAGAGCCGUUUGAUACGCGACACCUAUGCGAGGGCUGGCCUGGACCUCACGCGCAAGGAGGACCGAUGCCAAUUCUUCGAGGCCCACGGCACAGGCACGCCGGCAGGAGACCCAUUAGAGGCCCAGGCUAUCUGGGAUGCCUUUUUCCCGGAUGGAGAAAAGGCAUCAGAUGGUGCCAUCGCUUUUCCGGACGAGUUUUAUGCUGGUUCGGUGAAAACAGUAAUGGGUCAUCUUGAAGGCUGCGCUGGGCUGGCAGGCCUCCUCAAGGCGACCCUCAGCAUUCAACGCGGGCUCAUUCCGCCAAACCUGCACCUGAGCACUCCCAAUCCCAAGAUAGCACCUCUUCUGGGCCCAGGGAGGAUAUCGGUGCCAACCGAACUUAUACCUUGGCCCCAGAGAGAAUCUGGUGGCAACUCUACCAAGCAGGCACCGCGGCGUGCAUCUGUGAACUCGUUCGGGUUCGGGGGAACCAAUGCCCAUGUCAUCUUGGAGUCACUCGACGACAACGAAGUCCAACAGAAAAGCUCCUCUGAUGUGAUAGACGGCGUCCGCGAAGGGUCCAAACCAACUGCGCCAGUCAUCAUUGUACUCUCUGCCGCCUCCGAGCCGGCCCUCGCCGAUUUGACUUCUCGAUACGCAGACUACAUCGAAAAGCACCCGGGAGUGGACCUCAUACGCCUGGGUCUAACAACCCAAAGACGGCGGACCAGACUCGCACACGGCAUAUCCUUCACCGGAAGAACAAGAGCAGCGCUGGUCCGACAGAUGAGAACAGCUUUCCAAGCAUUCCUCGACGGCGGCAAGAUCGGCGUCAUGUCGUCCCCAAACCGGCCUCUCAGCAAACCCGUCGAGAUACUAGGCGUCUUCACAGGCCAAGGAGCGCAAUGGACUGGCAUGGGGGUCAAGCUACUGGACUCAUGCCCGACUUUUGCCCGCACCAUCGCCGGUCUCGAUGAUGCUCUGGCCAAAACCAUGGCAGAGGAAGAGUCUAGGGAUGGAACCACCAAGCCGUGGUCGCUCAUUACCGAGCUCAGAGCCCCCGCAGCUACGUCCCGCGUUGGAGUGGCCGAAUUCGCACAGCCGCUCUCCACGGCCGUACAAGUUGCUCUGGUUGAUGUUUUACGUACCGCCGGAGUCAACUUCUCCGCAGUCGUCGGGCACAGCUCUGGCGAACUAGCAGCUGCCUAUGCGACUGGUUUGAUUUCAGCUGCUGAUUGUAUCCGGAUGGCGUACUACCGCGGCCGGUUCUGCAUGUUGGGUCGCAGCCCAAACUUUGACACCGCCACCAACGAUUACAAAAAGGGCGGCAUGGUAGCCGUCGGCCUCUCGAUGGACGAGGCACAGGCACUUCUUGCCGAGGACGAGCUCAGUCUUGGCGGGCAUGUCAUCGUGGCGUGCAACAACUCCCCCAAAAGUGUUACUCUCAGCGGGGACCUCGAGAAGCUUAGGGAGUUGAACGCGGUUUUGCGAGAGCGAAAUAUCCCGUCCCAGAUGCUCAGGGUCGAUCAAGCGUACCACUCGCCGCACAUGGCUCGCGCCGGAGUUGCGUACCAAGAGGCUUUGGCGAGAUGUCGGCUCGAAGCACCGCCGCAGCACCCUUCGAGCAAAGCGUGUACUUGGGUCUCGAGUGUGUACCCCGACUGGGACCCGAUUACCACUCAAGACCCAGAUGCGGUGCCGGAAUCGGUCAGAAAUGCGCAAUACUGGGUAGAAAACAUGAUGUCUCCUGUGCGCUUCCGCGAGGCCCUCGAAAAGGCCGCGCCGCUCGGGGAGACUUCUCUCAUCCUAGAGGUCGGCCCGCAUCCCGCGCUUCGCCGCCAGGUUGCAGAUACGUGGGCUGCGGCGGGAAAAUCGUGUCCAUACCGUGGAACCCUCGCCCGGGGCGCCGAUGACUCUGAGGGUCUAGCUGGCCUUCUCGGCUUCCUGUGGCAGCAUGGUGUGCCGGUUGACCUGAGCAUUCUCAAUUCGGCACCCAGCUCUCAGCAGUUGUCGAAGGCCCCGGUCAAAGGCUCGCUUGCUUGCACUCCCCUUUCGGGGUUACCAACCAUGCCUUGGCAGCACAACCGUGUCUACUGGCGAGAAUCUGCCAAGUUGGCCCAGUUCAUCCAUCGAGAGGAAGCGAACUGUCUCCUCGGACACUGCGUCAAGGGCGAAUCGAGCUAUGGCGGCAUUCAGCCCAUUGAUACAGUGAGUUCGGUUGCAGCGGGAGGGGGCUUCAAGAUGCUAAGAGGAUGGAGCUGGCGACAAAUCCUCCGUCUGAGUGAGCUUCCCUGGCUUCAUGGCCACAGCGUCCAGGGUCAAAUCGUGUUCCCGGCGGCAGGCUAUUGUGUCAUGGCGAUGGACGCUGCGAAGCAACUAACCAAGGGUCUGAGGGGCCUUCCGGAAACCGGACUGGAUACGGAUCUUGAGCUCGAGGUUGUGGAGCUUCGAGACAUCGAAUUUGGCCGAGCGGUUGUAUUCCCAGACAAGGGCAACGAAGGGGUGAACAUCUCGCUGCAUCUACACGACAUCCAAUUCAGAAACCAACGCAAAGACACCAGAACUGGAAGCGGUGCAAUGGAGCUGUGCGCCGCCUUUUACAUCGAGGCUCAACCUACUGCUGUCGGCGAACCAGGCCGCUCCAAUGUCCCUAAUGUGGCAUGCUUUGGCCGCAUUGUCGGCAUGCUAGGAUCGUCUUCGCGCAAUUCCGGUUUUUCAGAUGCAAUGCCUCCCUAUAUCAAAGAUCCCGUCUACAUGCAGUCUCUGUCGGCCUCCGCAGUGUAUGAAGCCUACGCUCAAGUCGGCCUGGAAUAUUCAAAACCGUUCCGGGUCGACACCAUGGAACGAUGCCUUGGCCGAGCCAGGUCGACUGUAAAGCAUGCAAACGUUUUACCAGAGGGCCCAGCAAGCGAAGACAGACCGUCCGAAGCAGAGAAUUUGUGCUUCCCUGUGGCGUUGCUUGACAAUGCCUUCCAGACAUCUCUGGCAGGCUUCUCUGCGCCGGGGGAUGGCAGAUUGUUGGCGCCGUACCUACCACGCAUCAUUCGGAGAUUACGAGUUGACCUUGCCACUUACGAGACCAUGAUAAAUGCCGAAACCUGCAUCCUUCUCGAUGCCACGCUUCAAGGGCGUGCAGAAACCAAAGAGGGAGUGGAACACUCUGAAGGAGGCGGCACGGCCGCAUGGGUGGCCAACAUUGAAGGCGUCAUCAUGGAGUCACAAGGUGACUUGGCCGAGACCCAUCGUAUGAUACUCCAAGUCGAGGACCUUAAAUGUGUCAACCUCCUUCCGACCCACGGGCCUUACCAGGAAGGCAUCUUCAGUGAAGAGAUUUGGAGUCCUGACACGGAAGAUGCCUUGCAAGAGUUUUCUCUCGAAGCGGAUGGACCUGGCGAGAGAGACGCACUGGAAGUGGUCGAACAGCUGACACAUUACUACAUGUGCCAGGUGUAUGAAAGUUUUAGUGCUGAUGAAGCGCAUGAUGAAGCCAAAACACCAUGGUUCAUACGACGGUUCUGGGAGUGGCUUCAUCAUCGUCUAGCCCAGGAUGGUCACUCUGCAUAUCGAAAUCCAUGGCGCAACGAUGACGGCCGCGUCGAGCGCCUCAUGCGGCGUGCCGAAUCAGCCAAGCAUCGCGUCGAAGUAAAGAUCCUGCAUGCCGUCGCGCAAAACAUCCUGAGGGUGAUGCGACAGCAGGAAGGACCAACUAUCCUCGAGGUCUUAUUACAGAACGAUAUGCUCGCACGGCUGUAUACCGAGCCUGUCAUGUAUGCCCGCGCGAACCGCUAUCUUGGCAGAGUAGCGGGGGCGAUCUCGCACCAAUAUCCUCGAUGCAAGAUAUUGGAGAUUGGUGCAGGCACGGGAGGUGCAACAGGAGCCAUGUUCAACGGCCUCGACGGGGCGUACAGCUCGUAUACGUUCACCGACAUAUCGAGCAGCUUCUUUGUGAAAGCUCAGAACAAGUUCAAAGACGAGGUCGACCGCAUGGUUUUCAAAACGCUGGACGUGGAGAAGGACCCAGCAGAACAGGAAUUCUCGCCGGCCACGUACGACGUUGUGGUCGCCUCCAACGUUCUCCACGCCACCAAAGACAUUGAAAAGUCUCUGACCAACGUCCGGAAGCUUCUCAAGCCAGGUGGAUUCUUGCUCCUCUUGGAGAUCACGGAUGUUGACAAGGUUCUCGUGCCUUUUCUGAUGGGUGCCGUUCCCGGCUGGUGGUUGUUCGAGGACAAAUGGCGAGCGGGCACAUAUAGCCCACUUCUCCCAGUAUCCAAAUGGGACCAAGUACUCCGACAAGUUGGUUUCGAUACGGGGACCGAGUUCGUGUAUGAUGACAUGGAAAAUGAACACCUGUCUAGUGUCAUGGUUGCACGAGCGACAGAUCAAGAGUGGAACGCCUUCCGGAGUGGCUCGACAACCUCCAAGACUGCUUUCAAGACAGACAAUCUCAUGAUUAUAGGCGGGCCGAACAAACCUAGUGGCAAGGCCAGCUCCAGCGGUCGUUUGGCAACUGGUGUUGUAUCAGCAUUGUCCCAGUUCAGUAGCACCGAGGACCACCGGCAUCCUCUAAAGAUCGUCACGUUCGACGGCCUUGAGGCCGCGGCGGCCUCCCCCCUCCUCGGGAAUAGUCUGAUACUGGUCGUCUCGGAUUUUGACAAGCCGGUGCUGGACGACACAAAGGCCGCAGAGUGGGAGGCUCUCAAACACAUCUUCACCAGGGCAGGUCAUGAGAUCAUCUGGGUUACGCGGAAGAGAAUCCGUGGCGAUGAUCCAAAGCAAAACAUGAUUGUGGGACUGGGGCGGUGCGCUCGUUUCGAAAACCCGGCCUUGAAGCUCCAGUUUGUCGACCUGGAUGAUGAGAACUGCGUCGACGCUAUUAGGACUCUGGCGUUGAUGACAUGCCAAGCACGCGUUUUGACGCCUCCCGCUCGAGACGCCGGGUCGGACGAUACGGUCUGGCUGCAUUCGAUGGAGCCCGAGGUUGCCAUCGAGAAAGGUCGACUGAUGCUGCCGCGUCUCGUUCGUCUCCGCGACGCUGACCAGCGUUACUUGGCGCGUCGAGCGGGCCUCGUGCCAGAUGACGAAGACCAAGAAGCCGAAAGUGAUGCGGACGAGGACCAAGAAAGACACCGUUGUGGACCUUCUAGGGUUGAGACUCUGUCACCAUCGAAGGAAAGCGUGGGUAGUAUGCCGCAUCCAGACCUUCCGCAACUAUCUCCGCCGCUGUCAGUUGAUGAAGGUUGCUUUCCUGGCUCCAUCUCUGACCGAGAGCUUCGUCUCUCACACCCACAUGGACUUCGACUAAACGGACCACACGAGGCUCCCCUAUUCAUCUCGCUCUCGAGUCAUGGAGAGUCUGGAAAGGCCGUUGUGAUAUCGACACGCUGCCCCGACGAUCCGGCCAUCGCCUCGACUCAAGCCGGUGCUUUUCCCGUGGGCGCCCCAGAAGAACUUUUGGCAUCAACAGAUGCUGAAGAAGCAUUCCUCGCGGCAGUUGUCCAAUCUGCUGCGGCCACCAUGGUCUUCCAAGCCACGGACAGUUGCGGGAAAGCUUCAGCGGCCAUUGUGGUGAUAGAGCCGAACGCUGCUUUUGAGCAUCUCCUCACCCAACUUGCAGAACGAUAUGGAACCCACUUAUACGUCGUCACGUCUAGAACGCCGCCGCAAGGAAGAUACCGCAGCAAUACUGACGUGUCAUCGAGCUCGGUGGCUGUGAGUUACCUCCACCCAAGACUUUCAGCCCACAAAGCGAAGACACUGCUCCCCAAGGAUAGGGCCGGUGUCAUCGUGGACUGCACCUCAUUCAGAAGCCCUGACCUUACUACCGACGCCCCUUACAACGCGAUAAACUUCAAGUUCCCCAAGCAUUGGAAGCGCUUCAGCGAAGAACAGCCUCUGGCAUGGGUCAACAAGAGUUGGCAAGCUUCAGCCCCCGGUCAAGUUCCUUUCCCUCCUUCGAGCCUACCAGUAUCAACUAGCGGACUGUCCACUCUUGUUAGAGAUGCGAUCGCACUGGCAGUAGACAUGGUAUCAACGUCUGAGGCUCUCUUUAAGACCAACAAAGUUGCCAUGCUUGACUGGCGUGCCGAAACAAGGACAACGAUGCCAACCCAAAAACAUGGACAGACCCAGACCCGUCUUCUUCCAAAUCCACGAACUCUCUUCUGCCCGGACAAAACUUACCUUUUUGCCGGCAUAACCAGCGAUCUCGGACUAUCCAUUGCCAAGUGGAUGGCCGAAAACGGCGCCCGAUCGUUUGCCCUGACCAGCCGCAGCCCAAAGAUUCCACCCGUGUGGCUCCAGGAGAUGAGCAAGCUCGGCGCCCAGGCGGUCCGCGUUUUCAGCAUGGACGUGACGGAUCCAGACUCCGUCACCCGCACAUGCGACACCAUCAGCAACUCCAUGGCCCCAGUUGGAGGCGUCGUAUUCGGCGCCAUGGUUCUGAAAGACACUCUGCUGGAGAAUAUGCCCCUCGAAACCCUACAAGCGACGAUGGCCCCCAAAGUCAAGGGCGCACAUCUCGUGGAGAGUUAUUACCGAGACACCGAACUUGACUUCUUCAUCUUCAUGUCGAGCAUGUCUGCCAUCGUUGGGAUCAGGGGCCAGUCCAACUACUGCGCAGGAAACAUGUACGGGCGGGCGCUGAUCGCCAAUCGUCGCGCGCGCGGCUUGGCUGCAUCGACAAUCGAUCUCUCAACCGUGUUUGGGGUUGGCCAUUUUGCCAAUGCGGGAGCCUCCAACCUUCAAACAGUCCACGCCAAUCUGGAGGGCUUUAACACCCUGGCUAUCGGCGAGGCCGAGUUGAUCGAUUCCUUUCACGAAGCCAUCAUGCGGGGGCCACCGGAGGCGUCGGCCACUGGGGAAGUCAUCAUCGGGCUCGGCUCCGAGACGGCCAUGUCUCCUGACCAACCUGUCCCGGCUACUUGGCACGAUAACCCUCGUUUCGCAAACUUCACAGCGCGUGCUGAUAGGCGACAUGGACCUCGGGGAGGUGCCGGGACGGGGGCAGGGGCCCGAAGUGCCGGGACUGGCAGAAACGUCCGCGAGGAGCUGGCACGCAGCACCACAGAGGAAGCGCGGUUGACGACUUUGAGCACCUGUUUUGUCGCUCGGAUCCAAGAGAUUAUGCAGCUCUCUGCGUCUACUCUAAGGAUGGAUGUUCCGCUGACGGAUUUGGGCAUUGAUUCACUGGUCGCCGUUGAUUUGCGUGGUUGGUUUUUCAAAGAGUUGGAGGUGAGCGUACCUGUUUUGAGUAUUCUCAACGGAGAAAGCGUGAAAGAUGUAUGUCGAACAAUACUCUCGCAAGUAUAA